AUGCCCGAUUCGGCCGCCGAGGCGCAGCGCAUCACCGGCGGCCGCGGCGUCGACUUCAUCGUGGAGAACGGCGGCGCGGGAACAAUCAAGCAGAAUAUGGAGGCCAUCGCCUUCGGCGAAAUCAUCUCCGUCAUCGGCUUCCUGGCCAGUAUCCCGGACAUCAUGAUUGGUUCUAAGCAGAUGCUGGAGGAUGUGGUUAGGUUCGUGGGGGCGACGGGUGUGGAUGUUCCCGUGGAGAAGACGUUCGAAUUUACCAAAAAGGAUGUUGUGAAGGCGUUUGAGUAUUUGGAGAGCGUCCAACACAUCGGCAAGGUGUGUAUUAAUGUCGACUGA